CUCUAUUUGUCUUAUUAUUGCUACCUUUUCACUCAAUUUAAUAUUCUCUUCUCCUCCUGUCUCAUCUAUCCUCUAUUAUCUAUAAUCCAUUUCGAAUUGAAAAAAAACAAAGCAAAAAAGUCGAGCUAAAAUUAGAAUCCAUGGCUGUUUCAGCCUUCAAAUCCUCAUCUAGAAGGAACAACAUCACAACCCCUCCUUCUUCUUCUUCUGCUUCGACGAUUCCCAACAACAAUGGCAGACGCAGCCCUGAAAUUUCAGCCAAGAGACAAACCGCCCCUCGGAGAUCCAGAAGCGUCAGCGCCUUCUCCCGGACUUCCUCCGACGUCUCAUCCGCCUCCCUUGAUUUCCUCAAUAAGAGAGACAACCCACUCUUCUCCGCCACUCCCUCCCCUCCGGACCUUGAUAACCCCGCUCCAUUGGUUGCUCCCACCGGCGCCAGGCCGAGCACCGCCUCCGCCGAUAAUCGGAGGGGACGAUCGGUUGCCAGGAAUGACAAUGCUGCUUUGGGCGCAAGGAAAGAGUUCAGUCGGACCACGUCGAGGGUGGAUUCUGGCCGCCGCAAUCGAUCUGUGUCCAGAUGUCCUGCUCCCAGAAAACAUUACGUGAAUUCCGAGAGUGAAGCUGAGCAAGAAUGUAGUUCAGUGAAGAGUUUUGGGAGUAAGAAUUUGAAUUUGGAAGUGUGCAUUGAUAAUGAGACGAAAAGUUUGGUUAGAACUGGAAGUAGUAAUCAGUUGAAAGGUCUGCGGACAUGGUCCAGUCAACAUUCUGACAUAGAGCCUUCACAGGAUUCUGCUGUGAGUUUGUUUUGUUCACAUCCAACAACUUGGGACGAUGGAGUUUCCACCUCGAGUUCUUUGUUGGGAGUUGAAGAGAAAACCAUCAAAGCAGUAUGUGAACAGAUGAAGUCGUCAGACAGAGGGGAUUCUAUGACUGGUGAUGCUACUAGUAGUGGUAUAUAUGAAACCGUACGAUCUGAAGUGAGGCGUGCUAUAUCUGAAAUCCAAAAUGACCUUGAGAAAGCCAUCAGAAGGAAUAAUACCUCUUCAAUUGCCAUUUCCAACAUAGCUGAUAUUCCUCCUGAUCUGGUAAAUCCAAGUGCAGUUGAAUUAGUUUUAGACAUAAGAAGAGAAUAUGCUGAAAAACUUGAUCAGUCCCAGGAACGGGCUAGGCAACUUAGAGGAGAUCUGGCUGUAGAGGAACACCGUGGACAAGAGUUGAGCAGAAUUCUAAAGGACGUACUUCCAGAUCCCAAUUCCUCCAAUGUGCCAAAGUCUCGUCCAGGAAGAAAAACCAGCAUUGAAAGAAGAAAGAUGUCCAAACGUCUAACUGAAGAAGCCAUGUCUUACUUUGAUGAGUGUGUAUCUCUAUCCACAUUUGAUAGUUCUGACUUCUCAUCACCCGAAGACCUACCUGUCAACACAGUUGGUUUUGCUCCUGUGGACAAUAGUGUAUUGUCACUCCAAGCAAGCUCAAGUACUUCACCCACCAAUUACACCAGCAGUUUUUUUAAGGAUAAGCAGGAAUCAGGCAUUCAACAUGAGGCUGCAGAACUAAUGGCCAGCAGUAGCAAUAAGGACUCCACCUUAGAUCAGUCUAGUCCUCCAACAGGCACCAAUGAGGCUAGGGGUUGGAAAUCCCAAUCCCAGUUUUCUUUUGUGCGAAAGGCAACCGAAACUCCUGAACUUCAACAGGACAUUCAGAAGUAUAUCAGAAAUUCCGAGAAAGGCAUCAAGAAGGGUGUCCUGAACUCGCAGUUUGUGAGAUCAAAUGGUUGCGACCUGGGCGAGUAUGAAUUGCGGGCUACAGCUCAAAGCUUUGUGUUUGAGAGAAUGGUGAUGAGAAACAGAAUAGAGUCUGGUAGCUUGCUACUCUGCAAUGGUGGUAGUCCCCUUCCAUUUUCUCCUUUUGCUUCUUUUGUUUAAUUUAUGGCUGCCUUUGAAUGUUUAUACUUGUAAAAUACGAAAGGGAUGCUGAGAAUGGCAAAAUAAACCCAAGGGGCGGGGAGUGUAAAAACCAGGGCCCGCCCUCGUUUUGUUUGGUCA